GAGUCAUGGGGCGGAUGUGCGUCCGUGCAUUUCCGCUUAUUCAGUGCACGCUUUCCUUCCGCGGUUUUGUAUAACGCGCAUCUUACGAUAGACUGAAAUCUUACAAAAGACAAAGAAAUCAUGAGUAAAGCUCACCCGCCUGAAUUGAAAAAAUUCAUGGAUAAGAAACUUUCGUUAAAGCUGAAUGGAGGCAGACAUGUACAGGGCAUCCUACGAGGGUUUGACCCCUUCAUGAACCUGGUGGUGGAUGACUCUGUGGAGAUGGGCCCAGGAGGACAACAGAAUGUCAUCGGAAUGGUGGUUAUCAGGGGAAACAGCAUCAUAAUGGUAGAAGCUCUGGAGCGAGUAUGAAAGAAGGAAAUGGCUGAAGAUGAGGAGAAAGACCCACAUUUUUUUACAUUGUGUUCUUUUGGUUUUGGGGGGGGGGGUUAAGAAUGGUAUUUGAAAUGUAAGAUGUCUGAUUUAUACAGACUAAAUGUUUUAUUUUGAUUCCUUUCAUGUUAAUAAAGGAUUUUUCUCAUA